GGGAAGUUACUCUUACUGCCUACAAGAGAUGUGUGAUGAAACAGAUUUCAGAAUUAUACAAUUUUUGUAGAAACUCGCUCAUCUUUGUUAUCUGUUAUUGAGUGCUUAUUGAGAAUUUAACCUGCUUUUCCCAAAAAUAUUCUAAUCAUACUCACUUAGACAGUCGUUUGAACUAACCGGCGAACGUGGUCUUUCGCUGGAACUUGGAAGCUGACAUCUUGGAAUUUAGACGAAAAAUAAACAAUGUCAGAUAGGGCUGCAAUUCAAGAAGAAAUUAAGAAACAAGGAGAGGUUGUGAGACAACUGAAAUCAGAAAAGGCUGACAAAGAUUUGAUUUGCUGAUUGGAUUUAUUCUUCAUUUGCAUAUCUACCCGGAACCUUCAACUAUACUCCAAUUUAUGUAAUGAUGUUGCCUUUGUGUCGAUUUCACCAACGAAUUCUACAUUUGCGAUGUCUGACUGCUAAUUCCUGGAUACGUCUCUUCUCUGAUUCACAGAUAUCGGAGGAAGUUGCCAAAUUACUUGAAUUGAAAGCACAGUUAGGAGAUGAGGCUCCGAAAAAGUUUGUCCUCAAAUGCCCAAAGGGCACUCGUGACUACAAUCCCCUGCAGAUGUCAAUACGAGAAGGUGUAUUUAAAACCAUCAUAAGCUGCUUCAAACGUCACGGAGCUGAGACAAUAGAUACUCCAGUAUUUGAAUUGAAGGAAACGUUGACUGGGAAGUAUGGAGAAGACUCGAAGCUAAUUUAUGAUCUGAAAGACCAAGGGGGAGAACUCCUGUCACUAAGAUAUGACCUUACUGUACCAUUUGCAAGAUAUCUAGCCAUGAACAAAAUUACCACAAUCAAAAGAUAUCACAUAGCUAAAGUAUACAGGAGAGAUAACCCAGCCAUGACUAAAGGAAGGUUCAGGGAGUUCUACCAGUGUGAUUUUGACAUCGCUGGACAGUUUGACGCUAUGUUACCUGAUGCAGAAUGUGUAAAGAUUGUGGCAGAAAUUCUUACACAGCUAGAUAUUGGAGAAUACAAAAUUAGGGUAAACCACAGAAAAUUGUUAGAUGGAAUGUUUGCAGCAUGUGGUGUGCCCGAUGACAAAUUCAGGACCAUUUGUUCUGCAGUUGAUAAACUAGAUAAGACAUUCUGGGAGGAUGUCCGGGCGGAAAUGGUAGAUGAGAAAGGCUUGAGUCCAGAAUCUGCAGAUAAAAUAGGACAUUUUGUCAAAUUUAGUGGUGGUAUAGAUACUUUAGAACAGCUGAUGAAGGACGAGAGCUUAUUGAAACAGAAAGAUGCAGUGGAAGGUCUCCAAGAAUUGAAGCUACUGCUAACAUACUGUGAUCUAUACAAAGUUACAGAUAAGGUUAUAUUCGAUCUGAGCCUGGCUAGAGGACUAGAUUACUAUACCGGUGUCAUCUAUGAGGCAUGUUUACAAGGUUUUGCCCACAACCCUGCAGCGUCCAAGGACAAGGAAGAGGAGAGUGUGAGCGUGGGAAGUGUUGCUGGAGGCGGGAGGUACGACGGUCUAGUCGGAAUGUUUGAUGCGAAUGGGAAGAAUGUGCCAUGUGUUGGUGUCAGUAUUGGUAUAGAAAGGGUUUUUGCAAUCAUGGAACAAAGAGCAUUGGCAAAUAACACAAAGAUCCGUACGACAGAAACAGAAGUGUACGUUGUCUCUGCCCAGAAAGACCUGGUAGAGCACAGGCUGAAACUGUGUCAGGAACUUUGGGAUGCUGAUAUAAAGACUGAACAGUCUUACAAGAAGAACCCUAAGGCGUUGGACCAGUUCCAGUACUGCGAAACUAAUGGUAUACCCAUAGCCAUCAUCAUAGGACAGUCUGAGAUAGAAAAUAACUGUGUUACAAUGAGGAAUAUAGCUACAAGAGCAGAGAGGAAAGUCUCAAGGGAUGACUUAGUUGAAGAAAUAAGGAAAGAACUGGCAGCAUCAAGUUAACAUGACACUGGAUAAUAGACUUUGUCAAUGUGCAAUGAGCAUACUCAACAAUCUUCUUAAAUGGCCGUUUUAUAUACUGUGAAAGAUUUCUGAAAUCUCAGUUUCUUUUUUUUUACACGAUAAACAAAUUAAACAAUAAUGGAACUUUGUGAUUUUAAUGCAAAUUACAGUGUAGUGUUAUUUAUAAUAUCUGUAAUUUUAGAGGAUAAUGGACAUCUAGUGAUUAAAUUUACUGUGUAUGUUAUUUGAUAGAAGUUUGAAAAUUCAUUUAUUUUUACAACUAAGACAAGUAUUAAAUGAAUUUAGUGUCACCGUUGACAUUUAAGCCUGUGGUUUCUUCUUUGACUGUGUUUUUUAGCAGCAAGUGUAGUUACAGUAUACAGUUUGUGUAUACUGAGCCACCUGAGUUCUAUGUAAUGUUAUGAAAACGGAAAAUAACUCUGUAAACAAAAAGAAUAGAUGUUACUUAAGGAGUAUGCCUAUACCAAUAAGAUGGAGACCAAAGUCUUGACUGAAUUUGGUGUAAGUUUUCACUGCCAUUGGUCAAAGUUGGAUAGGUGUAACAAAUAAGGUAAUCUAGCUGUAGGUUUACUCCACAUUUUUUCCAUAUAAACGAAAUUUCUGCAAGUUAAAUUGAUUCAAGACAUUUUAAAUUUCCAUUCUAUUCAGUUUUUUUAAAUUAUAAUAGUCCUUUAAUGUAUUUCUGUGAAUGGAAUUCUCUCAGUGACGAAAAACUGUUUCAUUUUAUGUUUGACACAAUAUUUCUUUGAGUUAAUAAAGGAUGUGAUUUCUUUAUUUAUUUUCAUCCAUUUGGACGAAAUGAUUUGAUUAAAUUGCUCACAUUUUGCUCACAAACUUGUUACAGUUAUAUGUUUCAAAUCAUUUUUCAAAAGACUUACUUAUUGUCAUAACACAGGUCUUAUGUUCAGGUUUCUGUGAAAUAGUGAUUUCUUAAAAGUGCUUGUUUUCAUGCCUAGCAUGAUAACAAUAUGAUGUUUACCACUUUCACUGUACUUCUAUAAUAAACUACUUGAUGAUACA